AUGGAGAACGCGCACACCAAAGAACCUGACGAGGUUCUGGCCUAUUUUGGCGUGAGUGAGGACAAGGGCCUGUCGCCGGAGCAGUUCAAGAAAAACCUGGACAAGUAUGGCUAUAACGAGCUUCCAGCGGAGGAGGGUAAGAGUAUCUGGGAGUUGGUUGUAGAACAGUUUGAGGACCUGCUGGUCAGAAUUUUACUGCUGGCUGCCUGCAUCUCCUUUGUACUGGCUUGGUUCGAGGAAGGUGAGGAAACAGUCACCGCCUUUGUUGAGCCUUUCGUCAUCCUCCUCAUCCUCAUCGCCAAUGCCAUUGUUGGCGUGUGGCAGGAGCGCAAUGCAGAAAGUGCCAUUGAGGCUCUGAAAGAAUACGAGCCUGAGAUGGGUAAAGUUUACCGGUCGGACAGGAAGAGUGUGCAGCGAAUCAAGGCCAGGGAAAUCGUUCCGGGUGAUGUGGUGGAGGUCUCUGUUGGUGAUAAAGUACCAGCAGAUAUUAGGAUAAUCUCCAUUAAAUCCACCACUCUUCGUGUGGACCAGUCCAUUCUCACUGGUGAGUCUGUCAGUGUGAUCAAGCACACCGAUGCUGUUCCAGACCCACGAGCUGUUAACCAGGACAAGAAGAACAUGCUGUUUUCUGGCACCAACAUCGCUGCUGGAAAAGCCACUGGUAUUGCUGUGGCAACUGGUGUCUCCACUGAGAUUGGCAAGAUCCGCGACCAAAUGGCUGCCACUGAACAGGAGAAAACUCCUCUGCAGCAGAAAUUGGACGAGUUUGGGGAGCAGCUCUCCAAGGUUAUCUCCCUUAUCUGUGUGGCUGUAUGGAUAAUCAACAUUGGGCAUUUUAAUGACCCAGUCCAUGGUGGCUCCUGGUUCCGUGGAGCAAUCUACUAUUUCAAAAUUGCUGUGGCCUUAGCCGUGGCUGCCAUCCCAGAAGGUCUGCCAGCUGUAAUUACCACAUGCCUGGCCCUGGGAACUCGCCGCAUGGCCAAGAAAAAUGCCAUUGUCAGAAGCUUGCCCUCUGUGGAGACACUGGGGUGCACCUCAGUCAUUUGCUCGGACAAAACUGGUACCCUCACCACCAAUCAGAUGUGUGUGACAAAGAUGUUCAUUGUUGAUAAAGUGGAUGACGACAACGUCACUCUUGGUCAAUUUGACAUCUCUGGCUCAAAGUAUACUCCUGAGGGAGAAGUUUCAAGAAGGGGUAUGAGUGUAAAAUGUGGCCAGUAUGAUGGACUGGUUGAGCUGGCCACCAUCUGUGCUCUUUGUAAUGACUCCUCGCUCGACUACAACGAGUCGAAGGGAAUUUAUGAGAAAGUGGGUGAGGCCACUGAAACAGCUCUGUCCUGUUUGGUGGAGAAGAUGAACGUGUUCAACACUGAAGUGCGUAGCUUGUCCAAGGUGGAACGAGCAAAUGCUUGCUGCGGUGUGAUUAAGCAGCUGAUGAAGAAGGAGUUCACGCUGGAGUUCUCCAGAGACAGGAAGUCCAUGUCAGUCUACUGUUCUCCAGCAAAGUCUGGAAAAGCCCCAGUAGGAAAUAAGAUGUUUGUCAAAGGUGCCCCAGAGGGUGUGAUUGAGCGGUGUUCAUACGUCCGCGUGGGCACCAAUCGUCUUCCCUUGACUGGGCCGGUCAAAGAUCACAUAAUGGCAGUGAUCAAGGAGUGGGGAACAGGGCGCGACACCCUCCGCUGUUUGGCUCUGGCCACCUGUGACUCUCCUCUAAGGAAGGAGGAGAUGAACCUGGAAGACUCCACCAGGUUUGCAGAGUAUGAGACCGACUUGACCUUUGUGGGCUGUGUUGGUAUGCUUGACCCUCCUCGUAAGGAAGUCAUGAGCUCCAUCGAACUGUGCAAAGCUGCUGGCAUUCGUGUCAUUAUGAUCACCGGUGACAACAAGGGCACAGCAGUGGCAAUCUGUCGCCGUAUCGGCAUCUUCUCGGAGGACGAGGACGUCACCGGCAAGGCCUUCACCGGUCGUGAGUUUGAUGACCUGUCUUCUUAUGACCAGAAGAACGCAGUCCGUAAGGCUUGUUGCUUUGCCAGGGUGGAACCGUCCCACAAAUCGAAAAUUGUUGAGUUCCUCCAAGGCUUUGAUGAGAUCACUGCCAUGACUGGUGAUGGAGUGAAUGAUGCCCCUGCCUUAAAGAAGGCAGAGAUUGGCAUCGCCAUGGGCUCUGGCACUGCAGUUGCCAAGUCAGCCUCUGAAAUGGUCCUGGCUGAUGACAACUUUUCUUCCAUUGUAUCUGCUGUCGAGGAGGGUAGAGCUAUUUACAACAACAUGAAACAGUUCAUCCGCUACCUCAUCUCUUCUAACGUGGGGGAGGUUGUCUGUAUCUUUCUGACAGCAGCAUUGGGUCUCCCGGAGGCUCUGAUCCCAGUUCAGCUACUGUGGGUCAACCUUGUGACGGAUGGGCUUCCUGCCACAGCUUUGGGCUUCAACCCUCCAGACCUGGACAUCAUGGGAAAAGCCCCUCGAUCCCCUAAAGAGCCCCUGAUCUCUGGUUGGCUCUUCUUCAGAUAUCUGGCCAUUGGCGGUUAUGUUGGCGCUGCAACCGUCGCUGCAGCUGCUUGGUGGUUCUUGUAUUGUGAGGACGGCCCAUUGGUCUCUUUCCAUCAGUUGUCACACUUUAUGCAAUGCAGUGAUGACAAUGAGGACUUUGAAGGGAUCCACUGUCACGUGUUUGAGGCUUCUCCUCCAAUGACCAUGGCUCUGUCUGUGCUGGUCACCAUUGAGAUGUGCAAUGCUCUAAACAGCUUGUCUGAAAACCAGUCCCUGAUGCGCAUGCCCCCAUGGAGCAAUAUCUGGCUGGUGGCUGCAAUGACCCUCUCCAUGUCCCUUCACUUUAUGAUCAUCUAUGUGGACCCUCUGCCCAUGAUCUUCAAGCUUACGCACUUGACUGUGGACCAGUGGAUUGUGGUACUGAAGCUUUCCUUCCCAGUCAUUUUAAUUGAUGAGAUCCUCAAGUUUGUGGCUCGUACAUAUCUGGAGGGUAGCAUGUUGGAAUAG